AUGGAUACCGGUUCUCUUGUUUCUCAAAGGCUGUCUGACUCGGGUCGUUAUAUUCAGCUCCACCCGCUUGUUCUUCUCACUAUCUCCGACCACCUUACCCGCCAUACCGCACGCCAGCAGCAAGGCCCAGUUCUAGGCGCUCUCCUAGGCCAACAAAAUGGACAAGAGAUCACAUUAGAGCAUGCUUUCGAAUGCUAUACCACAACGGGACCUGAUGGCGAGAUCCUACUUCCUGAUGUAUGGUUUGAGCAACGACUGCAGCAAUUCAAGGACGUGCACAAGGAUCCACCACUUGAACUAGUAGGAUGGUGGUCCACCGCUCCAACGACUGGUCCCGAUGCUUCACACUUGCCUCUCCACCGCCAACUCCUACAGAAGUACAACGAAUCCGCCGUCUUCCUAGCUUUCCACCCCUCACAACUCCAAGCAUCCGAAGCACACAACUCGAAACUCCCAUUGACUAUCUACGAAAGUGUUUUAGAGAAUGAUUUCAAUGAUGCUUCUAAGGACAUGGAGAUCGACGGCCAGGAAGCGGGUAGCUUGCGGUUCCGCGAACUACGAUAUUCCGUUGAGACCGGCGAAGCUGAGAUGAUUGGUGUCAAUACCAUUGUCCAGAGCUCUGGUACAGCAGCAGCAGCAGAGAUCGAUUCCGCGGCGGCAGCAAACGACACCAAAUCGCAAUCUACAGUACCAAGUACAGAAAAGGGCAAGAAGGAAGAACAAGUCGCAACUAAGCUAACUCAGGAAGAGGAAGAAAUGAUCGCAAACCUCAACACCCGCCUCAAUGCGGUCCGCAUCCUAGAAUCCCGAAUAGCCCUUAUAAAAUCCUAUGUCUCCAGCAUUUCCCCAGACUCAGAUUCCACAGACUCUCCCUCAACAACAUGGUCUCACCCAAUCCUUCGGGACGUCAACUCCCUCAUCUCGCAUCUUGAUAUCAUCAACCCAUCUGACCAAAGCACCUUCGCCCAAGACGUGGUCUCCCAGCAUAACGACGUCCUCCUUGCUUCCCUAUUCGGAAAAGUAGGUGAGACCGUCCAGUCCAUGCGUGAACUCGGCCGGAAAUCCGCCAUUGUUCAACUAGGACGGCAGACGAAUUCUGGGCGGAAGGGUGCUAAUCCUAUGGCGGCGCGCUUUGAAGAGGAGCUUUUUGCUGGGAAGUUCAAUCCCGAAGGUGAUAUGGCUGGAUAUUAUCCUCGAUAG